UUUAGAUAUAUUAUUCAACAGUUCUUCAAACAAAUACAUACAAAAUGAAGACUUUAAGAAUUGUAUUUGCUUUGGCAUUGGCCUGUUUGGCUAAGGUUGAAGCAACUCCUUGUGGCACAUGUGGAGGAUUUCCAUAUCUUCCAGAUCCUUAUCUAGACCUUGGUUUGGCACUGCCACCACCACCAUGUCCACUACCACUUCCACUUCCUCUUCCACUUCCUCUCCACUUCCUCUUCCACUUCCUCUUCCACUCCCUUGCUUACCACCACCACCACCACCACCAUGCCCACUUCCACUUCCUCUUCCUCUUCCACUCCCUUGCUUACCACCACCACCACCACCAUGCUUCCUUCCACCACCACCACCAUGCCCACUUCCACUUCCUCUUCCACUUCCACUUCCACUCCCACUCCCUUGUUUACCACCACCACCACCACCAUGCUUCCUUCCACCACCACCACCAUGCCCACUUCCACUUCCUCUUCCACUCCCACUUCCACUCCCACUUCCUUGCUUACCACCACCACCACCACCAUGCUUCCUUCCUCCACCACCACCAUGCCCACUUCCACUUCCACUUCCUCUUCCACUCCCACUUCCAUGUCCACCACCUCCGUGUAUUCCACCUCCAGCGUUGGUACCAGUACCUCUAG